UGCCCCCGACCGACGACUCUCGUCAGGCUCCCAGAAUUAAACUUCGAGCAUUGGGUUCUAUUUGUUUCCUCCAACUGUUGACAACAGGAAACACACAAAAGGCUACACUUGCUGACUUUUAGAGAGAGUACAGUAAAGGACUUCAAUUAAAUCUCUUGGGAAUGGAUCCUGUGUGAAAGCAAGAAGCUAUUGUGAUAAACAUGGCGUCUCACAGCUCCAAGAGGUGUGCGACUGUGAAGAAAAAGUUUGUUCCUAAGACAAAGCCACCUGAACCUGUGGUAGAAUACGUUACACCUGGGGGCUAUGAGCUGGAGAAGAUCCUUAACCGUGACUGCAUGGAGUACACUCACAUCAACCAGGUCUGGCCCAACGUCUGGAUUGGAGAUGAAGAGAGUGCCAAAGACAAAUACAACCUGAAGAAAUUGGGCAUGACCCACAUCCUGAAUGCAGCAGAGGGGACGUGGAAUAAUGUGGACACGGGAGCGGAGUACUACAGCGACAUGGACGUGGUCUACUAUGGGGUCGUGGCGGAGGAUACUCCAACCUUUGACCUUAGCCAGUACUUCUUUUCUGCAGCCCAGUUCAUCGACCAAACACUGAACAUACCCGAAAAUAAGCUGCUGGUGCACUGUGUGAUGGGGAGAAGUCGGUCAGCCACCCUGUUCCUGGCCUACCUGAUGAUCUGUAAGAACAUGACCGUGGUGGACGCCGUGGACCACGUGAAGCGACGCAGGCGUAUCAUCCCCAACUGGGGCUUCCUGAAACAGCUCAGGCAGCUGGACACUUACCUCUUAGAACAGAGGGACGAAGUGACGACUGUCAAGGGAAAAGGAGAAGAAAAGAACAAGGAAAGAGAGGAGGAUGAAUAGAAGGAUCAAAUGUGAUCGAUGCACCCUGAGAAAAGGGAAAUGUAUUUAAUUUAGAUCAUUUGGUUCCACAAGAAAUGUGUACAGUGAAAAAAAAUGGUCAAACAAGUAGGUUUCCUAGUACUUCAAAAAUACUGUACUCCAAAUGUACUUCAAAUUUAAAAGAGUUAAAGUGGAUAUCCACAGUUCAAACAAUAAAGCAAUAACAAAGCAACACUUCUGCCACUUGUUUUGGUAAACUGCUAAGGGAAGGGGCUCGAGAAAUUUGAACACUCAAAUUUAGAGAAGAGCUACAGAGCUGCUUUCUAAAUUGGAUCACUUUGUCAUAAAUAAUUUUCCUGCGUAGCAGGAAAUGCAAAUUGUAAAGGUAUCUAAAGUCAGUAAUUUCCACUAACAUUUCAGACUUGAUU